AUUAAUGAAUAUAUAUUGAGAGUCUGAUUCAAUUUAGCAUCUCUCCAACAGGGGCAGAGCUGCGAGACCGGUGUGAUACUGCCCGCGAGCUCACCGGAAGUACCAAUAUGGACGAAGAAGACGACUGCUGGUAGCAUCCGGUAGCUUCGGGUAGCAAAGACAUAAACAAACCCAACUAAUGACAAGGAUAUAGAGAUUAAGAUAGUGUUUAUACAACGGAACAGUGCUUUCAUAAAAGCGAUUAAUAUGAUACAUGUCAUGUUGAAUGUCAGCCAUGUUCGUUUGGACGGAGAGAUCAUCAGCCAGAAUCUGAGGCAGCUCCACUAAGUGAUGCCCAUGAUUCAGCUGGAGAAACCGCUGGCGACCGGCACCAUGCCUGUGGUGUGGCCCACCAUACUGGACCUCGGCAGGGAUGAGUGCAAGAGGAUACUGCGCAAGCUGGAGUUGGAGGCCUACGCCGGAGUGAUCAGCGCUCUGCGAGCCCAAGGCGACCUCACCAAGGACAAGAAGGACCUGCUGGGGGAGCUCACCAAGAUCCUGGGCAUUUCCACAGAGCGCCACCGCGCCGAGGUCCGCAGGGCGGUCAACGAUGAGCGCCUCACCACCAUCGCCUACCACAUGUCUGGACCCAACAGCGCCUCCGAGUGGUCCAUCGAGGGCCGGCGCCUCGUUCCGCUCAUGCCCAGACUGGUGCCGCAGACGGCCUUCACCGUGACGGCCAACGCCGUGGCCAACGCCACGGCCAAUCAGAACGCAUCCCUCCUGUUGCCGGCUGAAACGGGCAACAAAGAAGUCGUCGUGUGCUACUCCUACACGAGCACCACCUGCACCCCCACCAGCGCCACGGCGACGGGGGGCGGGUCCCUGGCGGUGAAGUCGUCGCCGCGGCCGCCCAGCCCGGCAUCAAACGUGGUGCUGCUGCCCAGCGGGAGCACGGUCUACGUGAAGAGUGUGAGCUGCUCCGACGAGGACGAGAAGCCCCGCAAGCGCCGGCGCACCAACUCGUCGGGCUCGUCCCCCGUGGUGCUGAAGGAGGUCGCCAAGGCGACGGCGCCGUCCGUCUCCAAGGGCGUGGGCCUGCCCAUGGCCUCGCCCAUGGUGGGGCUGUCGGCCAGCAGCCCUAAGAUGAGCAACAUCAUGCAGAGCAUCGCCAACUCCCUGCCGCCGCACCUGUCGCCCGUCAAGAUCACCUUCGCCAAGCCCACCAUCCAGAGCACCAGCAGCACCACGCAGAAGGUGAUCAUCGUGACGACCUCGCCCAGCUCCAACUUCGUGCCCAACAUCCUGUCCAAGUCCCACUCCCAUGGCAACAGUGCCAGCGCGGCGGCCCUCUCCAAGCUGGUGUCCACCUCCAUGCUGACGGCGGCCAGCCACAAGCAGACGGUGGUGUUCCCCAGCGCCGCCGCCGCCGCCGUCGCCGUGACGGCCGUGGUGUCGGCCAGCCCGGCGGCCGUCAUGUCCACCGUCGCUCAGUGCUCUGCGUCUGCUGGCGUGAAGGUGGCGUCGGCUCGUCUGCCCUCCCCAAAGACCAUGGCGGGCUCGCCCACCCAGAUCAUGGCCCAGUUCCCCAAGCAGCUGCAGCAGCAGCAGGGCGCCACCAUCAGCGUCAGCCAGGCCCAGGCCUCCUCCUCCACCAGCUCCAGCAUGGCCGGCUCCAAGCCCACCAUUCAGAUCAAGCAAGAGUCAGGUGUGAAGAUCAUCACCCAGCAGGUGCAGCCCAGUAAGAUCCUGCCCAAGCCCUCCUCGGUGGGCCUGUCCAGCAGCAGCUCCUCCCCCAUCAUGGUGGUCAGCAGCAACGGAGCCAUCAUGAGCACCAAGCUGGUGUCCCAGCCAACAGCCACCCAGACCACCUACACCAGGCCCACGGUCAGCCCCAACAUGAGCGCCCGCAUCUCGGCGGCGGCGGCGGCGGCCGGCGCCACCUACGUGAAGACCACGAGCGGCAGCAUCAUCACCGUGGUGCCCAAGUCUCUGGCCACGCUCGGGGGGAAGAUCAUCAGCAGCAACAUCGUCUCUGGCCUAGGCACCACGACUAAGAUCACCACCAUCCCGAUGACGUCCAAGCCCAACGUCAUCGUGGUCCAGAAGACCACGGGGAAAGGAGCCACCAUCCAGGGGCUGCCGGGCAAGAACGUGGUCACCACGCUGCUCAACGCCGGGGGUGAAAAGAGCUUGCAGGCAGUCCAGGGCAGCAAGCCGGCCAUCAUCACCGCCUCCAGGCCCAUCACCAAGAUGAUCGUCACACAGCCCAAGGGCAUGAGCUCAGGGGCCCAGGCCACGGCCACCAAGAUCAUCCCCACCAAGAUAGUGUACGGCCAGCAGGGCAAGACGCAGGUGCUGAUCAAGCCCAAGCCGGUGUUCCAGGCGGCGGUGGUGAGCGAGCAGACCCGGCAGCUGGUGAGCGAGACCCUGCAGCAGGCGUCCCGCUCCUCGGCGGAGGCGGGCCAGAGCCAGCCCCCCGGGGCGGAGGGGGCGGCGCCCAGGGACGAGACCCCCGCCGGCUUCCUGGACGAGACCCCGCACACCAGCGCCACCCAGGACUCUCAGCCUGUAGUUCACCUGGUGACCACUAGGGAGCAGGAUUGGAUGGAGCAGGAGGUGGUGGAGUCCAGUCCCACCACCACCAUCAUCUACCAGGACAUGUCUGUCGGGGAGUCCCAGUCCGCCACCUCCACCAUCAAGGCUCUGCUGGAGCUGCAGCAGCAGACCACUGUGAAGGAGAGGGCUGAGGCCAAGCCCCGGCAGCACACCAUAGACCUCAGCCAGAUGGCUGUGCCCCUCCAGCAGGCCCAGGACAAGAGGCAGGCCCCUGCCCCGGCCCGGCCCUGCACCACCACCACCAUCAUCGCCACUACCACGCCCUCCUCCUCCUCCGAGGCCGACGCAGCCCCGGAGCAGCACACUGCAGGUAAAGGCGGUCGCGGGGGAGCGUCCUCCGAGGUCGAGGACGUGGUCAUGUCGUCCACCCAGCCGCCCGGCAGGAUGCUGAAGACCCCCGGGCAGCUCACCGUGGUCACCAAGGUGGUCUCCACCACGUCGGCAGAGUCCCUCCUCAGCCUCAAGCCCGCCGUCAGCCACCCCAAGCCCCACAGCACGCUGGAGGCGGGGGAGCUGGAGGGCGACACGUUGGACCCCCAGACCGGCCUGUUCUACCGCUCUAGCCAGCCCGCCGCCCACCCGCAGCCCUCCUCCUCGCAAGCCCCGCCCACCCCAAGCUCCGCCCCCGCUCCGGCCCCCGCCCCUGUCCUAAGCCCCGCCCCCCCGCCUCCACCCCAGCUGCAGAGCCGGCCCCAGAUCAGCCAGCCCUCCCCUCCGUCGGCCACGCCCUCCCCGUCGUCCUCGCCCGUGGUCUCCAUCGGCGCCGCCACCCACUGCCUGGUGAAGAAGCUGGUCCGACAGCCCCCGCCCAAGCCUGCCGCCACCCCGGCCCCGGCCCCGCCCACCCUCACACAGAGUCCCAAGGAGAAGCCGCUGAGCGCGGCGGGGCCGCCGGGGCCCAAGGCGGGCCCUGUAGCUACCGCCGCCCCCACCACCACCACCGCCGCCGCCGCCGCCGCCGCCACCAAGCCCCCACUGACGCCUCAGCUCCCCCGGCUCCAGCAGGCCCCCACCACGGCCCACCACAGGCCCAUCCACGCACCGCUGUCCCAGCCGCCCCCCCUCCAGGCCCACCACCCGGUGGGCACGGAGAAGAGCUCCUCCUCCGGCCAGCAGCAGCAGCCAAUCAUCACGCAGAGCGCCACCGUCACCAAGAUCACGUUCGGCGGGAGCCACCACUCGCCCUCGCCGCACUUUGCCGCCGUGCGAGCGGAUGCUGUGGCAGCAGCCGCAGCGGCGGCGGCGGCAGCGGCGGCCAAGCUCGCGGGGGCGUCCGCAGCAGCGUCCGCGGCAACGGCGGCGGCGGCGGCGGCCGAGCCCGGCUCCUCCAAGCCCUCAGGGUCGUCGGACAUCCUGAAGAUCUCCAUGAUGGAGGCGGAGAUCGACCCCAGCGUGGAGCCCAUGGUGGUGGACUCGUCCAGCGACCGCAAGGCCCCGGGCCUCCUCCACCACCACCACCACCACCACCACCACCACCUCCAUCACCACGACGACGGAGGCGGUGCGGCGGUGCCGGCCACCUCGGACAUGAUGGACGCGGGCCAGCUGAUCAGCAGCACGGGGCCCGCGGCCCACCGCCCGGCCCACCUGAAGGCGGAGCGCGGCGGGCCCUUCGGACGCCUCGGGGCCCUGGCGACCCAGAGGAAACAGGAGGACAUGGACGUGAUCGAGGUGAUCCCGCAGUUCUCCAUCCUGCCGGACUCCAGCCAGUCCAACGUGGUGGUGGAGCCCAGCGGCUUCCUGGAGAUCACCAACUACACCAGCCAGCAGCUGGACCGAGACAGCCCCAUGAUGGAGCCGGAGGUGGACAGCAGCAGUAACGACGACGACAGCAGUAUGGCUGGACCGCCCUAGACACACAAACACAAACAUGUACAAACACGUGGACACACACACACGCGCGCGCCGUUAAAACUGUCCCGACACCACUGCCAUAUAUUCCCCUUGAUCGGUGGAUCCCAAACAUCACGUUUUUAUUUUUUCAGUUCCUUUUUAUUUUAUUAUAUUUUAUUUUAUUUUUUUAUAAACACCAAUAUACGGUAACCCAGUUCGUAGCGCUUUUUUGUGUAUAAAAGUGUACAGUACUUUCUAUGAGUGAAGUCGAAAUGAACAUUUCCCUGGCUGUCGCGUGGUGAGCGUAGGAGACGUGGGACUCAGAGCUCACACAGCUCAGAGGAAUAUGUUCGGGACAGGAUUCAGGACCAGCAGCACAUUGAUGAAGAGCAGGCAAAGCCUUCCAAGGGGACAGGAUAGCGCUCCCUCCAAGGGGAGAUUAUACAGUGUUUUGAUGGUGAGAGACGUCCGUAUAUAUACCUGGGGCUGUUGGCCCUGCGUUUGGGUCCAUCUGUUGAAGAAGAAUAUCAACAAUGUUCAGGACUACGGCUGUUUCAGAUGACACGCUUUGACUUUGUAUUCCACGUUACGGUUAACACGCAUUGUCCCACCAUGGUUUUCUGAGAAACAUUUUUUCAAGUGAUCUUUAUUUUACUAAAAUAACCUUGGGAAGAAGUUGGAGAUGAGAAAUGUAUUAUCAACAGUCAAGAAGAAUACGAUCUGAGAAAAAUGUGUAAUAUUUGUGAUAUUGUCCUUUUUAACUGACUAAACAAAGGUGUUGAAGAAUAUUCCAUUUUUGUAAAUUACUUUCUGGUAAACGGCGCUGAAGGGAGAAAACAAAAGUAUGCAUUUGUUUUGCAUAGUCAUAGCUUUACCUAUUGUUGUUUUUGUCUUUUUCUUGCCUUUAUAUUAUUCAAACUAGAAGACUAGUUGGAAAAAAAAAUGUUUAAGCUGUUCAAUAAACCAGCUAUGAGCAUUUGUGAA